ACAGUGGACUGUUCCCUCCAAGUCUCCCUUUUCUACAGUUGAUAUAUUUGUAACUGGUACAAGAUGAAGGACAGCAGCUUUCCAUCCCUCGUUCAGAGCCCUGGUUCCCCAGGGUCCCGCGGGCUGAGCGGCUGGGGCUGGGGCUGCCCACGUGCGGCCUGUGCUGGCUCUGCCUGCCCCCGCAACACUGCGGUCACUGCCCCAAGAACUCAGCAGACCUACAGAAGAGAUUUACCAGUGGUUGAAGCACUGUCUUCACAGAUGUUCAGGGGCAGUGGGGGGCUCCAGGCACGGUCAAUGAAGGAAACAGUGCCUGUCCGCCUACCCUGCGUCUCAUUGUGGCGACCUGGCUGUCGCUGCUUUUUGUCCUCUGCCGUGUUUGCGUGGCCUCAGUGCCCUCUCUGCCCCAGCUAUUUCAAGGCGUUUGCUAAGUACCUGCUGUGUGUCAGUGGAGGCGGAACAGUCGAACAGCCGAGGGCGAGGGCCUGGCCGCAGGCCCCUGCCUUGCAGGCAGUGAGAUGCCCAGCAGCUCAUCAGAAUCCUGCCAGGUCAAGCUGCCACCAUAGCCCUUCUUCGACUGAAGACUGUGAGGCUGGAGGGGAAGCCCAUGUUCUGGCCCAUCAGUGCCUGCCCUGAGAAGGCUGCCACCCA